GACCAAGUCAACGAUUUGUAUACAUUAGAAGGUGCUGAGAUUUUCGAGGAAAUCCAGCACUCGAAUAUUUCCAUAGUCUUACUUCGACAUACUACCUAUACUCACAUCUUAUAACGCAUCAAGAGGAAAGAAAGAGUACUAUUUUCAGUCCUGCAUGCUCAAAAACUUUUUUCGAGAUGGGCACAUGAUCGACAGCUAUACUUUUAUUCCAGCAUUCCGAUAAGGAGACAUUCCGUCCGAAGAUAAAAAUAGUAUCAUCAUCCAUUGUUUGCUAGACAAAAUCGCAUCACUCAUCCCAAUCGACGACCAGUAAGCAUUUCACCAUGCCACCUCCACACUUUCAAUCGUCGGCGCCUAGUGGUAGCAACGCCGCUUCUACUUCUCAAGCAAAUAUAACAUCCCAAAUAUCCGAUUUACCAAAAGUACAUAAACAACUUGUUCGUGAUACCCUACAAUUCAUUCGUCAAAGUUUAGUCACCAAUGAUGUCGUCCCUUCACCGACAAACAAGACAACAACAGCAGCAUAUGAUGCGAUUCGUAAAUUGACAAGUGAUCCAACUUUACAAGCAAGUGAUGAAUCUGCCACUUCCCAAACAAGUUCUGGCAGUAGGUCAAGAGGCACUGGAAGUGCUGCUGUGGUGAAUAAUGAAUCAGCAAACAAUGCUCUAAUCGAAGCGACUCAACUACGAAAACAAGUCGGCUCAAUCAUCACCAAUACACUUUCACGCAUCUUUUCCGAUGAAAUGGAUCAAGAUUCAAAGCCAUUGACUCAGCUAUUGGUGAGCUACAUACAUGCUUUGCACAGCAUCUUGGAUCCUAAAUGCAUCGUAUUGGAAUGGUGGGAUGUUUUGAUUCGACCUGUGCUAAAAGAUCCACACUGCAAUCCUUCUAUCGCUCGAAAAGCUCACCAGCUCGUUGUUUGGGUGAUGAGAAGCACUCCAUCCUCUAACUAUGUCGAUGAGCCUGCGCCAAGAGCAGUUUGGCCGGCUGUUCCGCAAAGUGCAAUUGCUGCUGAGCACACACGAUUACCUCGACAACCUGGAGCGGCUCCUUAUCCGGCUUCCUCGACACGAGCUCCAUCGACUUCACGUUCUUCAGAAGAUGGAGAUGCAAGACGCAGCGCUCUUUUCUCUACAAAAAUCAAUUAUGGGAAAGCAACUGUUGACCCUUUGAGAAGGUUUACUGAACGUAUUUUCGAUUUGUACACCACAGAAGCAUCUUCUACCGGAAUGAGAGAUAUCGAGGAUGACGACAUCAGAGAAGUUGGAAUCGAUCAACCUUCACCUUCAGAAGAGCGUCCGACAGGCCUACUGGACCAACAACCUUCUGAGAGAAAGUCUGAAAACGCUCGGCAGGUAGCCAACAAAUCAUUAGAAUUGGAUGUAGUAUCUACUUGGAAAGGCAAUCUAGAGGCAAUCAUUUUGACAUUUGGAGAAGAAAAGCCAAAGGCGUUCUUUCAUCAUUUGUCGGAAUCAUUCCUAGAACCUAGCUCACGUAUUCCAAUCUUACUUCUCUUGACAAUCUUCUUUCGAAUUUCGUCGUUGCAUGCUUAUCAUGUCGUCAAAACUCCGUUUGUAAGGUUCUUACUGAUGAGCUUGCAGCUAGACACGAGCAAGACAGCUGCGGCAUUGGGUGCCUUCGCCCUUUCUACACUCAUACCGCAUAUCCCCAAUUGGAUUGCAAAUGGUGGAGCGGGUGGUCUGCCAGCUUUGUUGAGCAUUUUGGCUCGUAUAGUCGAUUGGCGGAAAUUAGGACCGAAAUGGGAAGAUCGAGAGAAUGCUUUAUUGGACGAUGAAGGAAAAGAGAUGGAAGAAUGGGCACAAGUACAAAGAAUAUCGAGGAGGCUGAAUGUGCGAUCUGACAUUGAAUGGAAACGACUAGGAACCGAUUCGGACAACAUCGCUCCAGGUGCGCCAGAUGCGGAAAAGCUGUUCACAUUCUUGUACGGAAUCUUUCCGUGCAACGUCAUUCGAUUCUUGCGAGCUCCUGUUGAUUAUUUGCGUAAAGCAGAGUACGAGUCGCCUUUCCAAGCUGAUUGGGAUGACAUUAUUGACGAAAUUGCUGUUCAGAAUAGCUCUGCACCAAUCCUACGUCGUCAUGUAUUGCAUCCAUCUUUGGUGGAUAUGGAUGCCGAAAGUGAAAUAACAGACAAGCAAAGAUGGCGUGAACAUGAUGCUGCUGAUAUAACGGCUGAAUGUGUCUGUCUGUACAUCGGUGGUCAAUUCGACGGGCAAGAGUUAUGGCUUCAAAGUAGAAGGCCAUCGAUUAUUGAUCAUAUACCUUCUCUACUAAAGUAUCGCAAUUCUUCCGCCUCAGCAUCUUCCAUAGGCGGCCUCACAAAUCAAAGAAUCGCGUCAGGGUUGGUCCAGGCUGCAAAUGCGGUUGCCUUGAGUGAAGCAUAUGAUGGCUCUCAAACACCAGUACGAUUCCACCGCAAGAGAUCAGUUUCAGAAAAUUUAGGACGUCGUGGAUCGGGAGAAUCACCUUUGGUACAACAACAUGCUGCCGGAAGAAAGAGAGAUCUUUCCGUUCAACCAGGACAACAUGCUGGAACAGCAAUGCUCACCUCGCCAAAGAUGAUGCCUUUCUCAGCGCAGUCAUCCAUUCUUGCGAAUGAGGCAGAUGUCUUUUUACAGAAUCACGUUCGCUUGAGAUACGGUCACGGGACAGAUCGUACACCUUCAGGAUCGGCUGGCGAUCCUUUGAGUAGGUCAAGCUCUAUUCAUUCUCACCUGAAAACGUUCAAUAUCGCACGUGCCAGCCUAUCAUCAACCUUGAUGUCGCCUACUGCAUCUCAGCAACCAAUGGCACCCGAUUCAACAAUUAAUAGUAAAGAGACAAACGUAAAUGUUCCCGCGGGAGAUACAAGUGCCGAGGCUAGCAGUCCUGCCAAUCAAUCACGCAGAUCUACCAUUUCACUCUCAAAAGAUGGCAAGAACGAAAAUAUGUCGCCAAACGUAUUCAAUUCCGUCACUUCCCCUUCUAUUGCUAAUCGGAUGAUGUUGUCUUCCACGAAUGAUUUACUUGGAUCACCGGCCUUGGGGAUGGAUCUAUCCAAGCAAACACGCUCAGUACUCAAAGAAGAGGUCAAACAGACGAUUGCCUAUCUCAAACAAGAGAAUUUGCAAUUACGUAACGAAUUGAAUUAUGAAAUUGGACAGAAAGAUCAAAUGAUUCGUCAUAUUGGAAGAAUUCAUCGAGAUCGAAUUAAGGAUACCGUUAUGGAAGAAGAAAGACAAAAUUUGUAUGCCACAUUACGUUCUUUACGUGUUCAAUUACGCAACCUACGAUCGACGCAAGAAUUGAGCAAAGCUGAGACGAUUGCAUCGAAGAAUCGACAUGCAAGUUGGGAGAACGAAUUGAACGCAAAGUUGAAAGCGUUUAGAGAAGAAAAGAAAGUUUGGGCGAAUGAAGUACGUCAAUUGCAAAUCAUAAAAGAAGAUUGUGAAGCUCUUAUUCAAAAAUUGGAAGGUCAAUUACACGAUAAUGCGAAUGAAGUAUUUGAAUUACGCGAACAAUGCAGAAGGGAUGCGAAAAAGGUUGGAGCGAUUCUACAAUACGAAGACAAAAUGCAAAAGAUGGAAGAAUGUUUACGUAUGUGGGAUGAUGAUAUGGCCAAAUUUGAUACGCAACGUCGUCAAAUUGAAGAAAUGUCAAAUCGAUAUGAAGAGCUUGCUAUGUUAUUAGAUGCCACCGAAGCUGAUCGUAGAAGAGCAGAAAAUGAUGAAAUGAUAGCGAGAAGGCAAGCGGAAUCGGCGGAGAAAGAAUUACGUGCAACACAAGCGUUACUGGAAAGACAAGUAAAGGCUGAGCAUACCAUGCCAAAGGGAUCAAAAGAGACAGAAGAAGAGAUUGAUGGAAGCGGAGCAGAUUUGAUGGUGAGAAGAGGAUCACGUGCUAGAGUACAAGAAGAUGAAGAGAAGGAAAGGCUAAGGGAACGGAUACAAAGAUUAGAGGAAGAAUUACUAGAAGCAAAAGCACAAAAGGAAGAAUGGCAAAUGGAAGAAUUAUGGAAGAGACUAAAAGGUGAACAAGAGAAGGAAGAAGAAAAAGCGAAACCUUUCUCUGAUCCGCAUGCAGAUCAUGAUGUAGCCCCAUUUGAGCUAGGUCAAAGUCAAGAAGAGACUGCAGAACAGCAAUGAUGAAUAAUGACAAUCAUGUAUGUAUUUGUUUCAAUGAAAAGAUUCCCGAAUGCAAAAAGAAUAGAAAUGAUU